AUGGUAGACAGUAGAGAGAUAUUAGCCAUUGUGGAGCUUAUUGUAUACGUUCCGGCCCUGAUAGUGACCUUUGCCAUCGUCAUUCGGCAAGGGUUCAAACGACAGCUGGGCUGGAUUUACCUGGCUAUUUUCUGCACGAUUCGCAUCAUUGGCUCCAUUCUUGCAAUACUAAGUCACAAUCAUCCCAGAAAUGUCGAAGAUGCAGAAUGGGCAGGCAUAUUCCAGUCAAUUGGACUGAGUCCUCUUAUCCUUGCGAGCUUUGGGCUCUUAAAAAGAGUGAUCGAUCAGACUUCAAAUCGCAUUGACCACUUCCAUACUGACAAUACGGGUCUGGGUAUGACUUAUCUGUCGGCCAGAUUUGGUAUCAUGAAGCGAAUAUUCUUGAGCUUUGGACCGGCGACCGCCAUAGCCUAUCGAAGCCGACUUAUUCAGCUCCUUCAACUUCCAGCAAUGAUCGCCCUCAUUCUCUGUAUAGUGGGCGGCGUUGAUGGAGCAUCCUCCAACGAGAGCGACCAGAAAACGGGUCCACGACUAUUCAAAGCCGGUCUUGUCAUGUUUACUGUCCUUCUCGCCGUUCUGAUCAUCCUCGUCCUGAUCAGUUUAAUGGAGAUGCGAAAGACUCCCUCCCAAGAGAAAAAGGUGCUCUUAGCAGUUCUCUUGGGGCUGCCACUCCUGACCACAAGACUAUUGUGGGGUCUUUUGUCCGUCUUUCUUUCCCAUAGCUCCAUCUUCAAAAUCUCUGGUGGUAGCGUUGUGGUGCAGGGUUGUAUGGCCACAUUGCCGGAAUUUCUUAUCGUCCUUCUUUUUGAUGGUGUGGGCUUUCUCAUUAACAGGUACAACGCUCAAGAGAUCGAUCGAACCAAGGACGUAAACAUGCAUGAUUCCAGAUCAAGACUACAGCGCUGGAAAUGA